AUGUCUAAUAAAAGAAUAAUUACUACUAGUAGUAGCUAUUUUGAUGCAAAUUGCUCUACUUCUAAACGCUCCGCGGAUGAAAAAAUAAGUAAGAUCACUAAUAUCGUUACAGAAAAUCAAGUUGUGGACUUAGCGGAAUAUUUAGAAUCGAUUGAUGGUAAUAUUGAAGAUUUUGAUGAAAUAUAUGGCGAAAUUGAACAACAUUUAAAUGAAAUACUAUCGUCAUUAGAAAAAUAUUUUCCAGAAAGUAAAGACAUAGAAUUUAUCCAACGAUAUAAUUGGGUUAAAAAUCCGUUUUUAAACAACGAUAAGCCCGAAGAUUUAUCUAUAACGGAGUAUGAAGAAUUUAUUGAAAUGACCACCGAUUCAUCUUUAAAAACUUUAUUUGAUAAAAUAUCAUUAACAGAUUUUUGGUGCAGUAGCAGUAUUACUAACGAAUAUCAAUCUCUGGCUAAAAAAGCUAUCUUAGCACUUCUUCCUUUCGCAACAACAUAUCUAUGUGAAACCGGAUUUUCAUCAUAUGCAUCAAUGAAAACCAAAUAUCGUAAUAAAUUGGAUGCUGAAGCAGAUAUGCGUAUUCAACUCUCGCCUAUCAAGCCAAAUAUAAAAAUACUGGUCAAUAAAAAAAGCCAACAUCACGGAUCACAUUAA